AUGCCAGAACCUGGGAGAAAAGCCUCCUCGUUUAUCAAGAAGCCCCGGAGUAUGGUGCUGAACGCGGGCAGCGACGCCACCUUCGUGGCGGAGACGGAGAAAGGGAUAUCCAAGGUGAGGUGGCAGCGGGAUGGGGUGGACCUGGUGGCCAGCGACAGGUGGACCAUCUCGGCGGAGGAGAACAGGCAUACGCUGACCAUCCACAGGGUCUCCAGCCUCGACGCUAAAAUCUACGCAGUGAUCGCAGGCAGCUCCAAGGUCAAGUUCGAGCUGAAGGUGACAGAGCCAGAGACCAUUCCUGGAGGAUCCUGCGAGCAGAAGGCCAGUGGCGAGGCAGCAUCAGGGGAUCUAAGAGGAGAGAAAGUUCCAGAAGCUCAGAGUGUGGUAGAGGACUCACAGGAAAAUAGAAUGGAGCAGAAUCUGACUCCUGUGGCCCAGGAAACUGGGAAUGACAGGUUAAACCUGGCAGCAGCCGACAGCCUGUUUGUAGAGAAGCCACAGUCCGGAACAGUGACAGUUGGUUCGGACAUUACCUUUGUCACCAGGGUGAUAGGCACCAACAUCUUAAAGAAACCCACCAUCAAAUGGUUCAAAGGCAAGUGGAUGGACCUCGCCAGCAAAACUGGAGCCCACCUGCAGCUGAAGGAAUCAUACGAUCGCAAUAGCAAGGUUUACACCUUUGAGAUGCACAUCAUGCAGGCAAAGCCCAGCGAUGCAGGAGGGUACCGGUGCGAGAUCAAUGACAAGGACAAGUUUGAUUGCUGCAGCUUCGAGCUGAAUGUGCAAGAAGCACCGAUGCAAGAGGAGUUAGACAUUCUAUCUCAAUUCAGACGCACCACCGAUGUGGGGAAGGAAGCUGGGGAGCUGGACUUCAGCGCACUCCUGAAGAAGAGGGAGGUGAAGCUGGAGGUACAGCCAGAGGUGGAUGUGUGGGAGAUCCUGCAGAAGGCACCGCCCUCCCAGUACGAAAAGAUUGCCUUUCAGUACGGUAUCACCGACCUGCGGGGGAUGCUGAAGCGACUCAAGAGGAUGAAGAAGGAGGAGAAGAAAAGUACAGCCUUCCUGAGGAAGCUGGACACAGCCUACCAGGUUGACAAGGGCCAGAGGAUGAAGCUGAUGGUGGAACUGGCCGACUCAGCUGCAGAGGUAAAAUGGAUGAAGAACGGACAAGAGAUCCAAGUCAGUGGCAGCAAGUUCAUCUUUGAGAACAUCGGCAACAAGCGGAUUCUCACCAUUAACCACUGUUCGCUGGCAGACGACGCAGCCUACCAGUGCGUGGUGGGGGAGGAGAAGAGCAUCACUGAACUCUUCGUGCGAGAGCCCCCCGUGCUCAUCACUCGGCCGCUGGAGGAUCAGGCAGUGCUGGUCGGUGAGAGGGUAGAGUUUGAACUGGAAGUAUCCGAGGAAGGAGCACUAGUCAAAUGGGAACGGAAUGGACAGGAACUGAAGAGGGAGGAGACCUUCAAGUAUCGCUUCAAGAAGGAUGGCAAGAAGCACACGCUCUUUAUCAACGAAGUGUCCAAGGACGAUGCAGGUCACUACACCGCCAAGACCAGUGGUGGCGAGUCAGUGGCUGAACUCCUGGUGCAAGAGAAGCAGCUGGAGGUGUACCAGAGCAUUGCUGAUCUGACUGUCAAGGCCAAGGAGCAGGCUGUCUUCAAGUGUGAGGUGUCUGACGAGAAGGUGAAUGGGAAGUGGUUGAAGGACGGCUUGGAGGUGAAGUCCAGUGACCGGCUGCAGAUCACGCACAUCGGGAGAAUCCACAAGCUUCUCAUUGACAACGUGAGGCCAGAGGACGAGGGGAAUUACACCUUCGUGCCAGAUGGGUUCGCCUUCAACCUCUCAGCCAAGCUGAACUUCCUGGAGGUGAAAAUCGACUACGUCCCCCGACAAGAUCCUCCCAAGAUUCAUCUGGACUGUUUGGGCAGCAUUCCCGAUGCCACCAUAGUGGUUGUGGCUGGGAACAAGCUGCGUCUGGAUGUGCCCAUCAGUGGAGAGCCAACUCCCACCGUGGUCUGGACCAAGGGUGAUAAGGUGAUCACCGAGUUGGAAGGGCGGAUGCAUGUGGAGCAUCACCCUGACCACUGUGUCUUCAUCCUAGAGGGAGCAGAACAGUCCGAUCAGGGUGUCUACACUGUGCUGGUGCAAAACCCCGUAGGGCACGAUCGGGCUGACAUCACCGUCAAGGUGGUGGAUGUUCCCGACCCACCAGAGGCCCCUAGGGUGCUGAGCGUUGGAGAAGACUGCUGCAUGAUCCAGUGGGAGCCACCAGUGUUUGAUGGGGGUCAGCCAGUGCUGGGGUACGUCCUGGAGCGGAAGAAGAAGAAGAGCUAUCGCUGGAUGAGGCUGAACUUUGACCUUUGGAAGGAGACAACAUACGAGGCCAAGCAGAUGAUCGAAGGCGUCCUAUAUGAGAUGAGAGUCUACGCUGUGAAUGCCAUUGGCAUGUCUCGCCACAGUGCGGCCUCUCAACCCUUCAUGCCCAUUGUUCCCACCAGUGAACCCACAAACCUGACGGUGGAAGAUGUGACUGACACAUCUGUUGCCCUGAAGUGGAGAACCCCAGAGAAGGUAGGGGCAGCAGGGCUGGAUGGUUACUUGGUGGAGUACUGCCAGGAUGGAGCCAACGACUGGGUACCAGUUCAGAAGGGUUUAACCGAUCGCAGCUCCAUCAUCUGUCACAAUCUGCCGACGGGGGAGAAGCUGCACUUCAGGGUGAGAGCAGCGAACAUUGCAGGAAUGAGUGAGGCAGCAACCCUUUCCCAGCCUGUCACCAUCAGGGAAAUUAUUGAACGGCCAUGGAUCUGCCUCCCGCGGGCCCUGCGACAGAAGCUGGUCAAGGUGGUGGGGGAGACUGUCAACCUCAUGAUCCCUUUCCAGGGCAAACCCAGGCCAAAGGUCAGGUGGCUGAAGGAUGAAAAGCCCCUGGAUGUCCAGACCAUCACUGUCCGCAACAGUGACAGCGACACAAUCCUGUUCAUCCGCAGGGCCGAGCGUCAGCAUUCGGGGAUCUACCAGCUGGAGGUGCAGAUUGAAAACAUCCAGGACACAGCCAGCAUCCACAUUCAGGUUAUAGACAAACCAGGACCUCCGGUAAAUGUGAAGGUAGUGGAGGUGUGGGGGAUGAACGUGGCGCUAACAUGGCAACCACCCAAGGACAGUGGCAACUGUGAAAUCUCUGGCUAUACCAUCCAGAAGGCCGACAGAAGGACCAUGGAGUGGUUCACUGUCUGUGAGCACUACCGGCGCUCCCAGUGCUCAGUGUCAGAUCUGGUGGCAGGGAACGAGUAUUUCUUCAGGGUCUUCGCUGAGAAUCUAUGCGGUCUGAGUGAUGAAGCUGGUGAGAGCAAGGACAGUGUCUACAUCCAGAAACCAGGGACAGACUACAAGCCACCCAGCUACAAGCAACACGACUUCAGUGAGCCGCCCAAGUUCACCCGCCCACUUGUUAAUCGCUCCGUCAUCUGUGGGUACAACGCCACCCUCAGCUGUGCCCUUCGCGGCACCCCCAAGCCCAAGGUGACAUGGUAUAAGAACCAGCUGGACCUGUCGACUGAUGCCCGCUACAGGACGUUCUGUAACCACGGGGUGCUGACACUGGAGAUCCGGAAGCCAUGUCUCUUUGAUGCUGGGACCUACUGCUGCAAGGCCAUCAACAACCUCGGGGAGGCAGAGAGCGAAUGCAGACUGGAGGUCCGAGGUAGGAAUACACUCACCAGCAGGGCCAGGCACAGGUCAUCCUUCAUCUAUUACUGA